AUGUCUGCCCUUUUAACAACUCUCGGUCUUCGCGCCGCCCCGGACCAAGUACCCGCGAACCACGCAUCAGCCUUGCUGGUAGCGAACUGGGUUUUCGCGUACAUUUUGACCAGUCCUCGCGGCACCAAGAUACGGCUGGGCCUCGAUCACAAUGUCAAUCCGCGGGAGGACUUGACCACGUACGGCGAGGCAGCCGUACAGUCGGGAAAGAUUACCCGCCAAACCCUUGACAAGCUCAAGCGACAGGCCUCGGCGCAUGCCAAUGCGCAGGAGGGGUUUACUUUGUUUGUGGCGGCGAUCCUCACCUCCUUGUACGCUGGUCUCCCCAAUGAGUCUAUUAAUACUGUCGGUAUUUGGUACUUAUUGUCCCGUGUUGCGUACCACCUGUUCUAUUGCAACAUCGAAACUCGCUCUUGGAGCUUUUUGCGCUCAGCGGCUUGGUGGUCCGGGAACAUCAGCUGUCUUUAUGCGCUGGUGCAGGCCAGCAAGAAGUUGUAA